AUGUUACAGGAUAGUGGAAUUGGCAUAACCAAGGCUGAACUUGUGAAUAAUCUUGGUACUAUUGCUCGUUCAGGUACCAAGGAUUUCAUUGAAGCUUUGCAAUCUAUGAUCACAAAACACAAUGACAAUGAACAGUAUAUUUGGAAAUUGUUAGCCAGUAGAUCAUUCACCAUUGUUUGUGAUACAAGAGGUUGUAAGGAAACACUCCGAAUUCAUUGCCACCCAAUCCAACUUAUUGUUGAAAAGGAAGUUAAAAAAGAUGAGGAAAAUGAUAAAAAGAAUAUAAAGAUGUUAGAAAUCAAAGAGUUAAACAAAACCAAACCUAUCUGGAAAAGAAAUUUAGCUAAUAUUAAGCAUGAAGAAUAUGCUGCAUUUUAUAAGCCUCUAACUAAUAAUUGGAAGGAACAUUUGGCUAUUAGGCAUUUCUUCGUAGAAGGUCAACUAGAAUUUAGAGCAAUUCUAUUCAUACCAUGUCGUGCUUCAUUUGAUCUCUUUGAAACUAAGAAAAAAUGCAAUAACAUUAAACUUUAUAUACACAGUAUUUUUAUUAUAGACAAUUGUGAAGAUUUAAUUCCUGAAUAUCUUAACUUCAUCAAAGGAAUAAUUCUCAAAGCCAUCCGUAAAAACAUGGUGAAGAAAUGUAUAAAGCUCUUUUUAAAGAUUGCUGAAGAUAAAGAAAAUUUCUCAAAAUUCUAUGAAGCUUUUUCCAAAAACAUAAAACUUGAUUACAUAACAUGUAUUUCUGAAAAACAAAAAGAUAUUUACUACAUUACCAGUGAAAAUCGUCAAGCUGUCGAGAACUCUGCAUUUGCUAAAAAACUUGUAUGUAUUACAAAAGAAGGGCUUGAGAUUGAUAAAGAUAAAAAUAAGAAGAAACUGCAUAAAGAAGAAAUUAAGAAAUAUAAUUACUUGUGCAAGCAAAUUAAAGAAAUUCUUGCUCUUAAUGAAAUUCUUUCCUUUCAUUAUGAUGAUAAAACACAUAAAUUAAAAGUUUUUGUAAAAGAUCAUGAAUCCAACUUUUUAGAAGCUUUAGAAGGAAAUUUAGAAGGAAAUCCAUUAGGAUCCAAGAAAAUUCUUUCAAAAUUUAAACAUAUGUUUAUAAUUAGAAAUCCAGAAAUAUCUGUAAAGUCAUUUUACAAAGCUGCAAAGUUUAUAUGUAAAGCUUGGAAUGAAGACUGCAUACCUAAUUCUAAAAGAUAUGACAUUUUUUGCUCUAAAAAAGUUUGGCUUAAAGACUCAAGGAUUCUUUAUGACUUAAUUAAGAAUGUAACUAGAAAGAAGAUAGUAUUAAUAGAUGCUGAUGAUUUAGUUCAAGAAACAGAGAAAAUUUCGA